AGCGAGCACUGAGAGGCAGCACUGCGCCUUUUCUCCCACCGGCAGAGCCUCUUGGUCCGUACAUGCAAUCCCCGGCAGCCGGCGAACACGCUCCGUGGGCGACCUCCACCACCAGCCCGCUGGCCCAGCCCCCCGGAAAGGGCCUGCGCCAGGAGUUCCCACCGUCUCGGAAGGGUACGAUGCCUCAGUGAUCUCCCCCGUCCCGAUCCCAGGUGCUGCUCCGCCUCCCUCCGGGGCCCCCGCUUCCCUGUGUGACGCCUGCCGCGGAAAGAGACCCCCGAUGGACUUACACCGGGCAGCCUUCAAGAUGGAGAACUCGUCCUAUCUCCCCAACCCGCUGGCCUCCCCGGCCCUGAUGGUCCUGGCGUCCACCGCGGAGGCCAGCCGGGACGCCUCCAUCCCCUGCCAGCAGCCCCGACCCUUCGGGGUCCCUGUCUCGGUGGACAAGGACGUGCACAUCCCGUUCACCAACGGCUCCUACACCUUCGCCUCCAUGUACCAUCGGCAGGGCGGGGUGCCGGGCACCUUCGCCAACCGCGACUUCCCCCCUUCCCUGCUGCACCUCCACCCCCAGUUCGCGCCCCCGAACCUGGACUGCACCCCCAUCAGCAUGCUGAACCACAGCGGGGUCGGGGCCUUCCGCCCCUUCGCCUCCCCCGAGGACCGGGAGACCUACCAGUCGGCCUUCACGCCGGCCAAGAGGCUGAAGACCUGCCACGACCCCGAGUCGCCCCACCUGCGCUUCUCAGACGCCGAAGGCAAGGAGUACGAGUUCGGGACCCAGUUGCCCUCCGGCUCCCCCGGCUCCCUCAAGGUCGACGACACGGGCAAGAAGCUCUUUGCCGUCUCCGGCCUCAUUUCCGACCGGGAGGCCUCCUCCAGCCCCGAGGACAGGAAUGACAGAUGUAAGAAGAAGCCCACCCUGUUUGACAGCCAGGCCCCCGUCUGCCCCGUCUGCCAGACCCUCCUCCGCCCCGGAGAGCUGCAGGACCACAUGGAGCAGGAACUGGAGAAACUUGCCCAGCUCCACAUCAGCAAAAAUUCCCUCCUGAAGGAUGCCAUGGCCCCAGGGACUCCCAAGUCUGUGUUGUUGUCAGCCUCCAUCAAGCGGGAAGGAGACUCCCCGACGGCGUCACCUCACUCCUCCGAUGACCUCCAGCACUCGGACAGAUAUCAGACUUUCCUCCGAGUGCGAGCCAACAGGCAGACCCGGCUGAAUGCUCGGAUCGGGAAGAUGAAGCGCCGGAAGCAGGACGAAGGGCAGGUAUGUCCCCUGUGCAGCCGGCCCCUGGCAGGAUCGGAGGAGGAGAUGAGUAGGCAUGUGGAGCAGUGUCUGACCAAGAGGGAAGGCCCCUGCCUGACGGAGGACGACUCGGUGGACGUCGAGGGCGAGAACGGACCGCGCUUUGAGGAGUACGAGUGGUGCGGGCAGAAGAGGGUGCGGGCCUCCACCCUCCUGGAGGGCGGCUUUCGAGGCUCGGGGUUCAUCAUGUGCAGCGGCAAGGAGAACCCCGACAGCGACGCGGACCUGGAUGUGGACGGGGACGACACGCUGGAGUACGGGAAGGCACAGUACACGGAAGCCGACAUCAUCCCGUGCACCGGGGAGGAGCCGGGAGAAGCCAAGGAGAGGGAGGCCCUCCGAGGGGCCGUCCUCAACGGGGGCACCCCCAGUACCCGGAUAACCCCGGAGUUCUCCAAGUGGACCAGCGACGAGAUGCCCUCGACGAGUAACGGGGAGAGCAGUAAGCAGGAGGCCAUGCAGAAGACGUGUAAGAACAGCGACAUUGAAAAGAUCACCGAGGACUCGGCCGUGACCACGCUGGAGGCCCUGAAGGCCCGCGUGCGGGAGUUGGAGAGGCAGCUGUCCCGUGGGGAUCGUUACAAGUGCCUCAUCUGCAUGGACUCGUACACGAUGCCCCUGACGUCCAUUCAGUGCUGGCACGUGCACUGCGAGGAAUGCUGGCUGCGGACUCUGGGUGCCAAGAAGCUGUGCCCGCAGUGCAAUACCAUCACGUCUCCCGGAGACCUGCGACGCAUCUACUUGUGAAAGAGGACCCCGGCUCUGGGACCCUUCCGCCCUGCGCGUCGCCCCCGGCCCCGGGGGAGCCGGACCCCGGCCUCGGCGGAGACGCGUGGAAACCCCCGCGCGCACACGCAGACACGCACGCACGCACGCACACACACACACGGACAGUGGGGCCGAACCGGAGGGCGAGGAGCAGCGAGCGCACACACCCACCGCCCCCUCCCCGCCCCCCGACCCCGCUCCCCCUCGCCCGCCGGGCGUCCGAGGCCCCGGGCCGCCGCCGGGGACCGGGUCCUCCGGGGGUCCCUCGGGAUCCCCUUUCGGUUGCGUUCGUUUCCGGUUUUGUCGAUGCGCGUUUGGGUUGCGUUCUGUGGUGUUCUCGCGGCGAGGCGUCGGAGGCGGACCAGGCCGGACCCGGAGGCCGAAGCCUGACGGAAGCACAUGUCGGAUAGAGACUGUAUGUUUACAGUGUUGUGUGGGAAAGGCAGCCGCCCUGCCAGCACACGCCCCGCCCCGCCCCGUCGGGCGGGGUAUUAUUAUUAUUAUUUUAUUAUUAUUAUUAUUAUUUGGUUUCUUCGUUGGUUUCUCUCCCCCCCGCCCCCGUUGGUUUGUUGUUUUUUUUUUUUUUUUUUUUGUCGUCGUCGUCGUUUUAAGGAAAAGAUGGCGCGGAGAACAUUAAACCCAUAUUUUUCUCGGUUCUGCAAAAGUUUUGGCAUUAAAGUCAUUAGUUUAAGAACAAAGUCUAUAUAUACAUAUAUAUAAUAUAAAUGGUUUAAUGUUCUGUGGUGUAUAUUUCUUCAUUCAGAUAUGAAGUUAACAGCUCUUAGUAAUGGCUGUAGUCUCGCCCAUAACUUAAGGCUUAUGGGGAUUAGGGAGAUGGGGUUUUUGUCAUUAGUCGUAGCUAAUGGGGCUAUUUAUAACGAGCUCUCCCCCCCCCCCACGCGCGCCGCCGGCAGCGAGCGGACGGAGCCGGCGGCUGCCCCGGUUUGGCGUCAGAGAUGGUGGAGGGGGGUCCCCCGGUUCCCUUUGGGGACCCGCCCGCUCCUGGCCCGUCCCUUCCUGCCCGGGGCCGGGAGGCGGGCCCGGUGACCGGCUGCCGCGCCGCCCCGACGUCCCCUCGGGGCGGGCCCGGCCCCCUCCCUCGCCAACCGGCCCCGAGGGCGGCGUCAGACGGGGAUCCGGCCGCCGAACCCGCGUCCCGCCCCGGGAGGGACGGCGGGGACCCCCGCGAGACGAGGCCCGGGGCCCGCGAGCCGGCCGGGGGACGCCGGGGGAGCCGGGCUCGUCGCCCACCGGCCACCGGAGACGAGGAGGCUGCCCCGAGCCGGUCCGCCGGGCCCCCGCCCCACCCGCCGCACAGGGGACGGCCAUGGUGUGAUUCUGUGUCUGUAGAUUCUAUACCGAGGUACUUGUCAUUCCCGUUUGUAAACUACAUUUGACAUGGAUUAAACGAGUGUAAACUGCG